CGCGCCGCUGUUCGGGAGGAAGCUCGGCAGCCGUGGCGGCCGCGACCAGGCCAGACAUCUCCUGGCUGGCGGGGCUUCUUCCAGGGCCAGCGAAGGCGCGGCUGCAGUCCCGGCUGCCGCAGCGUUUGGGCCGGCGGCGGAGCAGGUGCAGGGAGCCAGGGACGUAGGUAAGCGGGAGCAGGGGGGCCACUCGGCCGAAUGACUGACCAGCCAUUCCCCGCGCCGCUGCGCGCCAGCUCAGCGCCCUGGCCCGGAGGCCUCUAGAUUUGCCCUCCCCCAUGCUUCGAGCCCUAGGCAGCAGUUUCUCCCUGAGCUCGGUGUGUCUUCUGGUGACCGGGAAGAAGCUUGUCCCGAGGGACCGCUGCCCUCUCUUGUUUUUCUCCAGCCCAAGCCGUUCAACGCAGGCAGCGAGAAGACUAGCGCCCCUGGCCGCUGCCCCUGAAGCCAGGGAAGACUUGAGAGCAAGAGCGCUGUUAGCAGUCCACUGCUCUGCCGUCUCGGAAGUCAAGAGUUUUGAUUUGUUCGGACAGCCUUGCCUUCUUCCUGCCUUGGUUCCUUCCCCCACGCUCAUGGGACCCUUUUAUAGAAUGCCGCAUCCAGUUCUCAUUAUGCAUCAGAAAAAUGAAAAAACAGAGGAAAAUUCUAUGGAGGAAAGGAAUCCACUUAGCCUUUUCUGAGAAAUGGAAUACUGGUUUUGGAGGCUUUAAGAAAUUCUAUUUUCACCAAUAUUUGUGCAUUUUGAAAGCUAAAUUGGCAAGACCAGUUACUUGGAAUAGACAGUUGAGGCAUUUCCAGUGUAGUAAGGAGGCUCUUCAAAUCCAGAAAACGUGGAUCCAGGAUGAUCCUCUUUGUACUAACACCAACUCCAGAGUGGCUACUCACAACAUUAGUACUUUGUCCUGUAAAGUGAAAAGAAAGGACACUAAGCACUUCAUUUCUCCCUCCAGGAGUCUCCUGAAAUUCCAAGCAGAUAAAUUGCUGUCAUUAGCAAAGAACUCGGAUCAUGAAUACUGUGGAGAGAAAAGUCUCUUGAAGGCAGUUGCUGGCUUAUCAGCAAAUAGUGUUUUAGGUCAGGCCAAUGGUCACAGACCUAGGACAGAGCCACAAGCUUCUGACUUUCCCAUGAAGUUCAAUGGGGAGAGCCAAAGUCCAGGCGAGAGCGGCAAGAUUGUGGUCACCUUGAGCAACCAUAAGAGAAAGCGCUUUUGUUAUGGCUGCUGCCAAGGGCCGGAGCACCACAGGAAUGGGGAACCCCUGAUUCCAAAAAAGUUCCAACUUAACCAACAUCGAAAAAUAAAAGCGUCUCCUCUUAUGAUGUAUGAGAAAUUAUCCAUGAUUAGAUUUCGGUAUAGGAUUCUCAGAUCCCAACACUUCAGAACAAAAAGCAAAGUUUGCAAGCUAAGAAAAGCCCAGCGAAGCUGGGUUCAGAAGGUCACUGGGGACCAUCAAGAGACCCUUAGAGAUAACACUGAAGGUGGCAGUUGCAGCCCAUUCCCUUCCCCAGAACCUAAAGACUCCUCUUGUCUGCAUCAGCCACACUUUCCAGAUAUGGAUGGCAGUGUUGUGGUAAAGGGAAAGAACUCUCAUAUGCCUGAUGGCCACACUAAAGGAAGCCCUUUCUUGGACAAGGAGCUUAGUUUAGGUGAAGCAUUCCCUGACCAACAGAAUGGCAAUGCCACAUACACCUGGGACCAAUCACCCUGUUCCUCUCCUAAGUGGGAGUGUACAGAGGAGCUAAUUCAUGACAUCCCCUUAUCAGAACACCAUUCUGAUGACAUGUUCGCCUCAGAAACUGAAAGAGAAAUUGUGACUUUGGGUCAGGAAAGUCGGACAAGUACUGUCACUGAUGACAGCCUAAAGCUGUCAGCACCUGAAGCAGAUAAAUCUGUGAGUAGUAUAGAUGGGCUUGUAUCUGAAGAGACUGUUCAAAAUGAGAACUCCUACCAGAUGGAGGAGGAUGGAUCUCUGAAGCAGAACAUUCUUAGUUCUAAGUUGCUGGACCACCCUUACUGUAAAAGUCCACUGGAAGCUCCCCUGGUGUGCAGUGAACUCAAACUAGAAAAUCAAAUGGGAGGUGGGAAGAACAGUCAAAAAGCAUCUGCAGUGGAUGAUGAACAGCUCUCAGUCUGCCUUUCUGGAUUCCUAGAUGAGGUUAUGAAAAAGUAUGGCAGUUUGGUCCCACUCAGUGAAAAAGAUGUCCUUGGAAGAUUAAAAGAUGUCUUUAAUGAAGACUUUUCUAAUAGAAAAACAUUUAUCAAUAAGGAAAUAACAAACUAUCGAGCCAGACAUCAAAAAUGCAACUUCCGAAUCUUCUACAAUAAGCACAUGCUGGAUAUGGAUGAUCUGACAACCCUGGAUGGUCAGAACUGGCUGAAUGAUCAGGUCAUUAAUAUGUAUGGUGAACUAAUAAUGGAUGCAGUCCCAGACAAAGUUCACUUCUUCAACAGCUUUUUUCAUAGACAGCUGGUAACCAAAGGAUAUAAUGGAGUUAAGAGAUGGACUAAAAAGGUGGAUUUGUUUAAAAAGAGUCUUCUGUUGAUUCCUAUUCACCUGGAAGUCCACUGGUCUCUCAUUACUGUGACACUCUCUAAUCGAAUUAUUUCAUUUUAUGAUUCCCAAGGCAUUCAUUUUAAGUUUUGUGUGGAGAAUAUAAGAAAGUAUUUGCUGACGGAAGCCAGAGAAAAAAAUAGACCUGAAUUUCUUCAGGGUUGGCAGACUGCUGUUACGAAGUACUGCAAGUGCCUCGCCUUAGACCAGCCUUUCCAGUUCUCUCAAGAAGACAUGCCGCGUGUGCGGAAGAGGAUUUACAAGGAGCUGUGUGAGUGCCGGCUCCUGGACUGACUCAGAAGGGACUCUGGAAAUCUGACCAAGUUGGAGCAGAUGGUUUGUUACUUGAAUCUCCAAACGCUUAUUUGAAUUUUUACAGAUAUUUCUGAUUAGUGGUGUUGGGCCACUAUUGUUACCUCAAAUUUAUUUUUUGCCCUUACUCAUUUCUCCAGCUACCAUGUACUUUUUUAAUGUUCAGUUUGGUUUCAUUUUUAACUUUAUGGAUUCCGCGCGUCCCUUCCUCCCAUAUUUAAUAUUUAUUAUCCAAACGCAUGCAUGUAGACAGAGCAUGCAGUGAAGAGUAUUAAAAAAAAAAAAAA